AUGUCAACUACCUCGGACCCCGCAAGCUCCAGCACCUCCACCGUCGUCACUACCGCCCCUCCCUCCGCUUCAUUCACCUACAGCUACAUCCUCUCGGACGAGCCCGCCUCGCCUUCACUCGGGAUGAGGUCUCGUUUCCGCAAGACUGCGGGCUCGUCGAGACGGCCUGUUGCUGCUUCGGGAGACAAAGGAGAUGGAGAGGCUCAUGGAGAAGGGCAGGAUGGACAAGGUGGGCAAGGUGGGAGGAUGGGCAUUGGGGGGUCGUGUAUAGUGCAGUAG